GAAGGUUCGCUAUCAAACAGAAGGAAGAAGGAUUUUUUCGGACUUCUAACAAAGUUCGGUAUUCUACAGCCAUGGAGGACGAAAUGAUUGAUUACGGCUUCGAGGAAGAUAGUGUGAUGGUUAUCGAUGGCGAAGACGAAAAAUCAAGCGAGAAGGAAAGCGAGAGAAGCCGAGAACUUUUCAUUGAACAAAGUCAAGCUUGUGCUAAGCAUUUUGAGAAAUGGUCAGAAACCCAACAAGUCGAAUUCGUUGAAUUUUUACUUUCGAAAAUGUGCCAUUAUCAACAUGGACACAUAAAUUCGUAUCUGAAGCCAAUGCUACAGAGAGAUUUUAUAACCGCUCUGCCUGCUAAAGGUUUGGACCAUAUAGCCGAAAAGAUUUUGUCCUACUUGGAUGCAGAGUCCUUGUGUGCUGCAGAAAGGGUUUGCAAGGAGUGGUAUAGAGUAAUUUCAGAUGGUAUGCUAUGGAAAAAGCUCAUUGAAAAGAAAGUUCGAACUGAUCCUUUGUGGAGAGGAUUGUCAGAAAGAAGGGGAUGGGACAAGUAUUUAUUCAAAGCCCAAGUACCCGAGCUUCCUGACAAUGCUUCCUUUAGAAGACUGUAUCCAAAAGUUAUUGAAGAACUUGAGACAAUUGACACAAAUUGGCGUUGUGGUCGUCAUGUUCUUCACCGUAUUCUGUGCCACAGUGAGAAUAGCAAAGGUGUCUACUGUCUGCAGUAUGAUGACCAGAAAAUAGUUAGUGGACUUCGAGAUAAUACAAUUAAGAUAUGGGACAAAAACAAAUUAGAAUGUGUCAAAGUUCUAACAGGCCACACUGGGUCUGUACUGUGUCUUCAGUAUGAUGAGAAUGUUAUAGUCACAGGAUCAAGUGAUUCCACAGUAAGGGUAUGGAAUGUUCUUACUGGAGAAAUGUUGAACACCUUAAUCCAUCACUGUGAAGCUGUGCUUCAUCUUCGAUUCCAAGAAGGCAUGAUGGUGACCUGUUCAAAGGAUCGCUCCAUUGCUGUGUGGGAUAUGCAGUCCCCUACUGACAUAAACCUGAGAAGAGUUUUGGUUGGUCACAGAGCAGCUGUGAAUGUGGUGGACUUUGAUGAUAAGUACAUUGUGUCUGCAUCUGGAGAUAGAACAAUAAAGGUAUGGAGCACCUCCACUUGUGAAUUUGUGAGAACCUUGAAUGGACAUAAACGUGGCAUAGCAUGUCUGCAAUAUCGUGAUCGUUUGGUUGUUAGUGGGUCUUCAGAUAAUACUAUAAGAUUAUGGGACAUUGAAUGUGGAGCCUGUCUUAGAGUCUUGGAGGGCCACGAGGAACUAGUCAGGUGUAUCCGGUUUGACAACAAAAGGAUAGUCAGUGGAGCUUAUGAUGGGAAAAUCAAAGUUUGGGAUCUUCAGGCUGCUUUAGAUCCAAGGGCUCCAGCUGGAACACUCUGUCUCAGAACUCUUGUGGAGCAUAAUGGCAGAGUAUUCAGACUUCAGUUUGAUGAUUUCCAGAUAGUUAGCAGUUCCCAUGAUGAUACAAUACUCAUGUGGGAUUUCCUUAAUUACACUCCAGACCAAAAUGGAAAAGCAGCCGUUAGCCCUUCAAGAUGACCUGUUCAUAAUCUACCCCUAGCCCUUUGUUUAUCGUAUAUUUGUACAAAAAAUGGAAACCCUCGAAAAUGAAGAUAGUUGUAAAUAAUUUAUGGCAUAGUAGUCCAAUCAUGUAGUAUUUGGUGCUUUCGCUAAUGCAUAUAGAGAGAGUUGUGUAGGGUAAAUCUUCAUGAAGAGUGUAAUAGCAGUAUUACACCAAUAACGUUUAGUUCACUGUUUCAAUUGGGAGAAUAAUGCCCAUAGGACUGCCUGUACAGAUAGAAUAUAACACUUUAAAAAUUGUCCUGUCGGCUGAUUUUUGUAUAUUGCUGUGUCACUUGAUAGUUUCAGUCCAUAAACUGGCAUUGCUGGGCAUGGUCAAUCACAAGUAUGUGUUGAACUUCUGUGAUUUCUGUUUGGCAAUCGAGGGCUUCUGUGGCUUAUUCUUAACAUUUCAAACUCCCCAGUUAAAUUUCCUAUGCUUAAUUAUUUCAUGGUUAGAUAUCUGUGUGAGAGAGUGAAACUUUCAAGUUCAUUUUCUUUUUAACUCGGUUGACAGAAACCUUCAAUUAAUGUUUUCUUCUACGUAUUGUAAAAUCAAUCCAACAGGACUUGAUAUCUUGGCUUAAUUUGCCAGAGAAGUUGUAGAUUUCUUUGCAGUCUACAUCAGUUGGCAUGAUAAGCUUUCAAGUCAGUUUAUUUAAACACUUUAGGAUUCAACACUGAGAAGUGUCUUCCUUAAAAGGACCUGUGAUGUUUUAAUUAAGUUUUUUUUCUCUUUUGUCACCCACAUCAAAUGAAUUGGAGCUGCUGCUGCAACAACUCUUGAAACUACCUUAAUCGCUGAGUCUUUGCCCCCUGACACAGUGAUCAGUUAACAUUUUGGUUAAUUAUCUUUAUGAAAUUUUCCAUGGAAACAAGGACAUUUGAAAAGUAAUGUUCUUUUUACAGAAUACUGUUACACAUUGUGAUGUAUAAGUUUGGUGUAGCAUUUAAGCCCGUGAUUACUCAGCUUUUUGAUCAACUGUACAUUGCAAGUUUGUUGUGGCUAGUGUAAAAAUUAUUGACUAAUGCUAUUUUGAUAAUUUUCUCUUGGUUUAUCUUCAUCUUUGUCACUCUGACAAAAGCUUAAAAUUAUAUUAAAUUUUAAGGGUAAAGUAGUAUUUGUUCUUAUCUUUUGAUUGUCACGUUGUGUACUUAGUGAAGAGCUCUAAACUCUAUUGUAUUUAUCUCUCCAGGCAGAAAGCUCACCCUCAUCUCAAUGGUGUAAAAAUAAUGAUGUAUCUUCCAAACAAAUAAUUCUUGCUGUUACUGUUGUCAUUUGUAAGUUCCUAGAAUGGUCGUCAUUCACUCUUUUCCCCAUUAUUUACUUUAUUUCUAAUCAAAAGUAUUGCAACAGUGGUGAGCUUUCCUAGUGAGCUGGUUCCAACUUAGCUUAAGUGUCUCUAAUCUCAUAAGUAGAUUAAAAGCAAUUAUUGAAAGAAGUUACCUAUGUGUGAUGAUAAUUUUCAGUUAAUAGUGCAGUGUCAGUAAGAUUAUGUAAUGAUAUUUACUGUGUGUUGUACAUAAUUGGUGCAUGUUGUCCCUUCAAAUUUUUGUAUCUCUUGGUUUAGUAU